AUGCGUGUUGUUGUAUUACCUGUAUGUUUACUCGAAUCAUAUCCACAUGUUCUUCUCAAAUAUGAUUUUCGAGUUAUGCCACCAACAUCAACACAAACACAAAUACCAGCAUCACCAGCUAUUCAUUCAACAACAUCAUCAAUAAGUGGUGCAAGUAAUAAAUCAAAUAUACGUUUACAAGAAUUUUAUUUAACUCCAUAUUGUUCACCUAUUCUUCCAUCGGGUUCAAUACAUACUGUAUGUGAAAUUAUUAAAGGUUCAACUGUUCUUCGAUAUUUAUUUGAUGUUAAAAAAGAAGAUGAAGAAAAUCUUGAAAAUAAAAUUGAUUUUAAAGGACAUUGUCGUUUUAUUGCAUUUGGUCCUGAGACGGAUAUUUGUAUAUGUGCUUUAUAUAUUCCACAUAUAUCAUCACUUGAAUUAAAUUAUAUAAAUCAACCUGAUCCACCACUUUCACGACAACAUUCUAAAUUGAGUUAUGUUCGUUUACCAUCUGAUCCAACAAUGAAAGAAGUAGCAUUAGCAUAUGGUAAUCCAGGUAGUGAACAUUUACCAGCAACAACAUUCGUUACACGUGAUCUUGUUCAUUUAUGGAUAUCAAUACGUGAUAUUCGUCAUAAAUUAGUACAUAUUGAUCGUGUUCUUAAACAACCUGGUAUUUUAUCAAAAUUAACACAUGUUGAAAGUUGGGUUACAUCAUAUAAUGAUAGUAUUGGUGAAAAAGCAACUCAAUUAGAAACUGAUGCAACACGACGACUUAUUAAAGCACGUGCACGUACACUGGUUUGGGAUAUAAUGGAAAUGAAAAAUGAAAUUUUAUAUCCGCAUCCAGUUCAUGGACGUAUACCUAAUUUUCGAAACAAUCCUGAUUGUUCAACAAAUUUGGCUCAACUUGAAGAAUUUCAACGAGCACGUGUUAUUGAAAUUUGUCCAAGUCUUGCUCAAGAACAUUUACGUUUAUUUUCAUUGGCUGAAGGCAAAGUACUUCUUACUCCAGCACCAUCCAUUGAUAAUGCACUUUUUUAUAAACUUGAUCCAAAAUUUUUACAUAUUCAUGAUUUAUCACGUGCAGCAACAAAAUCUGGUACUGCUGCUCUGGGCACAAUUGUUAAUUUAACAGCUGUUGGCAAUCUUCAUGUUGAUAUUGUAGUUGUUGCUUCUGUUGUUGUCAAUCCAAUAACUGGUGCUCGUUUAGGUAAAGGUAAAGGUUAUGGUGAUAUUGAAUAUGCAAUGAUGCGUCAAUUGGGUGCAUGUGAUGAUAGAACACUUGUUGUUACAACUGUCCAUGAAAGUCAGUUACUUGAUGAUCUUCCAGCAUCAGUUAUGACUGAACAUGAUUUACCAGUUAAUGUUGUUAUAACACCACAACGAAUUAUUUAUACACAAAAUAAAUUUUCAUGUCCAAAAGCUAUUAACUGGAAUUAUAUUGAUAAUGAUACAAUGCUUAAUUUACCUGUAUUAAAAGAAUUUAAACGUCUUCAACAACUUCAACAAGAAAAAUUAAAUUAA